AUGACGGGUGAGACGAGCGACGUUGAGUCGGCUUCGCUGCCUUCGGUCGACCCCCGCACCAUCACCGAAGACAACUACCUCGGCAGGCCCACUGAGGAAGACCUCGCCACCCUCCGUCGUGUCCCCGGUAACAUCCCAGGCAUCGCCUAUCUGAUCUGUGUUGUCGAGUUCUGCGAAAGAGCCUCUUACUACGGUGUCCAACCCCUCAUCAGCAACUAUGUCAACAGACCUAUGCCACGAGGAGGCAAUGGUUGGGGCGCCCCUCCCCGCGACAAGAAUGACCAGCAGACGGCCGGUGCUCUGGGAAUGGGCACCGUCGCCGCCAACGCUGUGACGCAGAGCUUCAGCAUGUUGGCCUACGCCCUGCCAGUGGUGUUUGGUUGGAUGGCCGAUGCCGAGUUUGGCCGCUUCAAGCUGAUCUGCUGGGGCGUGGCCGUGUUUGGUGUUGCCCAUGCCCUCAUGGUGGCUGCCGGCAGCAAAGACUUACUGUUGGCGGGGACAUCCAAGGCUCCUUAUUUUUUGUCUGUCUAUAUACUUGCCGUGGGUGCAGCCAUGUUCAAGCCCAAUGUUUCCCCACUCCUUCUCGAUCAAGUAACAACUACCGUGCCCACCGUUAUCACGCUGAGCAGUGGGGAGAGGGUGAUCCAGGAUCCCGAGUCGACGACGGAGCGCGUUAUGCUCUGGUUUUACUUGAUGAUCAACAUUGGCGGGUUUAUGGGCGUUGCCACGUCGUAUUCAGAGAAAUAUGUUGGUGUAAGUGUCUCGUCACUGUCCAAAUGUCUCACAUCUAAGCUGACAAUUUCAAACCAGUGGUGGCUUGCCUUUCUGAUCCCGCUCAUCCUCUACCUUCCCCUGCCAUUCCUUCUCUGGUUCCUUUACAAGCGUUUGAUCCUCCACGCCCCUGGUGGAAGCGACCUUCCCAACGUGUUCAGGAUCCUCAGCAUCUGCUUCCACCGUGGUGGCUUUGCCAAAUUCGGUCGGCGUGGGUUCUGGGACCUCGCCAAACCAUCCAACAUUGCAGCUGCAGGCCUCGCCGAGAGCUACCCAACCCGCUGGAACGAUGACUUCGUCGAAGACGUGCGCCGUACCUUUCAGGCCACAGGCAUCUUUUGCUUCUUCCCCAUCCAGUACAUCAAUGACAAUGGCAUUGGCGCGGCGGCCAGCUUCUUGUCAACUAUGCUGGAGACAAACGGCGUCCCCAACGAUGUUAUUUCCAACUUCAACGCCUUGAGCAUCAUUUGCUUCGCGCCCAUUCUCAACUACGGAUUGUAUCCGCUUCUUCGUAAGAUGGGCAUUCACUACGGCCCCAUCGCCCGCAUCACAACUGGCCUCUUGAUGUCGAGUGUUGGUGGAGCUGGAUACACCAUCAUCACCCACUACGCCUACAAGCAGUCACCAUGCGGGGAAUAUGGGAGCAGCGACUGCACCAUCGGGACUGGCGUGGCCCCCAUCAGCAUCUGGUGGAUGGCCAUUCCUUUUGCCAUUGGAGGCAUCUCAGAGCUGUUCGUUAACGUCCCCGCCUACGGCCUCGCGUACUCCCGUGCGCCCCCCAACAUGCGCGGGCUUGUCUCUGCCCUCAACCUCUUCACCUCAGCGAUUGCGUACGCCAUCGGUUUGGCAUGCAGCAGCGUCAUUCAAGAUCCUCAUCUGGUGUGGGACUUUGGCGGUCCAGCCAUUACAGGUGGAAUUUUGAGCGUGGUGUUUUACUUUUUGUUCAGGCACAUCGAUAGGGAGGAGUAUGUGCUUAGCAAGAAUAAUGGGCCCACGAAUGUGGAAGUGGAGGGGGUUGUCGCUGGUGCUGCACUCAAGGAAACCACUGAGAAGUAA